UUUUCCAGUUUCUAUUCUGUUCAGACAACAGAUCAGAGAAUAAAACGAGAAAAUAUAAAGGAAAAGCGAAAGGCUAUGUUAGAAGCAAGACUUGCUAAACUCCGACAAAAAAAGAUGAAGUCAAAAGAAGCCGGAGCAGAGGAGGAAAACAGAGAUGGAGGUGUUAUUGGGCCUUUGUCGCCAGAACCAGAGGCCGUGCCAACUCUGCAUACUGCUGCCCAGGGUAGCAAAGUAGAAGUCAUUGUUGAGGAGAGGAAGGACACGAGGCCUGGAGUGCCACACAUCCGGGAGUGGGACAGAGGAAAAGAAUUUUCCUUUGGGUACUGGUCGAAGAGGCAGUCAGAUCUCCGGGCUGAGAGAGAUCCUGAGUUUGCCCCACCAUCAGAUUACUUUGUGGGUCAAAAGAGAGCUGGUUGCUUCGGUAGCCAGAGGUGGAGCAGACCUGCCCCUGCGCAGAGUGACCCUGGGCAGCGCUCUGGCCAAAGCCAUGACCCCGGUUCUUCACACAUGUCAUCCACUCCUGCCCCCAGCAGCCCGCCGCAAGCCCCCACGGUCACUUUCGAAACUCUGGAUGAUAUGAUAUCAUACUAUAAACAAGUGACAUGAACUUAAAAAGCA